AAGCUACUCAUAUCGUCCCUCCGCAUUCCGGCAGGUACCUAGCUCAGGUACCUACCUACCUAGUACGUGGUACCUUAUAGUCCCACCCCCUUGUGCCUGAAUUUAGGACUUGAAGCCGCUGUACAUUAUGCGACUCUUCUGUGAGUUGGACGGUGAAAGGCUCGAUAUACAUUCGGCCCUGAAGCAGGAUCCUUACGAGGUGCGAGGCCUCCUGAUCGACGCCUUGCUUCUCUGCAGCCAGGAGGCGCUUCCAGACACAGUAGAUGUAAUCCUGGCGGAACAGGCGCUUCGCACCGCACUGGAUGAGUUUCCUGGAGGCCAAGAGAAAUACGUCCGGAGCUACAUACUCUAUCGGAAGCUCGAUCAUCGAACGCAAAUUUCCCCAAGAGCUCCGCUAAUUGCCUUGUCACUACAGGCUGGCGGCGUGUUUGCUCUCAUUGCCGUGGUCUAUGCUACACUUGAUGUGCAUCGCAAUUUACGGAAUAGGGAGACGUUGGAACGACUUGUCAACGGCGAUAUAUCGGAGCAGUCCAAGCGGGAUCUAUUCAAGAGAGCUAAUGGUUUUUCUGUCCAUCAUUCCUUCGCUGCCUGGUUCAAUCGAUUGUUGGACCACUUAGAUCGUGAUUCCAUAGGUGUAGCCUGCCUCCUGUAUUGCUUUGGAACACCUAUGGUGCCUCGGGUCAUAUUUUCCCAAUGCCGCAAGACCUCUAAAACCUGGAAUCGAGAUGGCGAAGUUAGUGAAACUACUAUAACAAUUACCGAGACAAUCCGAGAUCCAUCCCGCUUUGGGGCUAUCCUACAGAAACUAGAAAUGCUCGGGUUCGUGAAGUCGACCGUCGAUAUGAUCCGGGUGAAUCGGCGGCUAGCAGACAUCCUCAAGGACAGGGAGGAAACCCUAGCCUGGAAAGUUAGAGCUGUCCAGCUCCUAUUGCAUGCUCUCCCCAAGGAUAGAAAAUUGGAGCCCGACAACUAUGACCAAUACUACGAAACCAUGCUUCCCAACUUAAGCCACGUAAUGUCCUAUUUUGUUGAGCCGCAGAUCUUGACGUAUCUCGUCAAGGGCCCCGGCCCUGGAUUGUAUGAUGCCGUUGAAGUCUGUCUCGCAUCAUCUCAUUUUAAUGACCUCAGAUGGAAGGAGAACGCGAUCACUACAGCUACCGGUUUAGUUCGGGCUUGUGAAGAAAAUAAUAUGGACCCUUCAGAUAUCGCGCUACUUAAAGCAAGGCUACACGUAAGAACGCUACGACUCUCCCUGUCACAGAGCGCCGCCCUACCGAGCGAGGAGAUAGGAUCUGUCACAUUUCCCUCGCCAGCCGACGCAAGAAUAAAUGCGUUCUCAGCUGAUCUAGUCAUGCUAAAAGCCCGCGCGUCCAUCCGCUAUAAUAACCUUGCAUUAGCUCAGAAGGAACUUUCGUGUUUUAGGUCGCUGUUCCUCUCCACAUUCGAGCACGCACAAGAGGAGUCGGUAAAAAUAACCCGUGCUAUUGUGUAUCGCUUUCAGGGUCAAUUCCCUGAUGCGUACGAGAUUCUGUCUUCUGUCCGUAUGACUGGCAGCGAAGUCCUUGUGCAUCUCGGUGCUACCGCGUGCGAGAUGGGGGAGCCCGACAAGGCCGUCACAAGGUUGGAAGGAUGGUUAAUGCUCUCCAAGCUACCAACAUCAAAAGCAGGGGUUCGCAUCCGAGUUGCAUUGGCAAAUGCAUACCUCAUGAAAGGAUUACGAGAGGUCUUGUCUGGGCAGGCCUGGUCCAAUAGACAAGAAGUACAAACCAUGUACAGAGAAUUGGAGCCUAACAAUCACUUGAUAUGGGUCGAUCGCAUUGCAGUUUCUAUAGGCAUGGCAAUUACCGAGCAUUGGAGCGGACAGUAUGAACCAGCUAUACGCAACUGGCAAGGGGUCCGAGACCUAACUAGGAAGCUCGAAUUACCCCUCGGCUAUACCGAUGUAAUUGUAGAUUUUUCUAUUUGCGAGCUAAACUUCCGUUUCGGGAGAGCUGGACUGUCUGACGUGAUUAAGGCAAGGGAGUCGUUGGCGAGCAUAGGGCGCCAAUAUUACUUUACCGCCUUGGGUUCCAUUUGGCCGGACCUUCUCGAAAAACUGGCUGGUACAAUAUAGUUGAAGGGAAAGGCUGGCUAUAUCGCUUCAAUAACGUUGUUAGGCAUAAACUUCCACAAUAGAGCAAGUUGUGUAUUUAGGUACUCAUAGCACGUAGCAUCAGGAGCCUAUAGUUGGUUACAUUGUCACAGCUACUGGAUACCUCGUCAAUAC